UCCAGAACCUUCCAGCCAGGCACCAGGGAAGAUGGUGCCUGUCCUGCUGUCUCUGCCGCUCCUCCUAGGGUCAGCGGUCCCCCAGGGGACCCAAGUGGGUCCUUACUCUCUGACCUUUCUCUACACUGGGCUAUCCAGGCCCAGCAAAGGCUUCCCCAAGUUCCAGGCCACUGCCUUCCUCAACGACCAGGCCUUCUUCCACUAUGACAGCGAGAGCAGGAAGGCAGAGCCUCUGGGGCCGUGGAGCCAGCUGGAGGAGAUGGAGGACUGGGAGAAGGAGAGUCGGCUUCAGCAGGCCAGGGAGGAAAUCUUCCUGGAGACCCUGACAGAUGCUAUGAACUACUACCAGGCGAGCAAAGGGUCUCACACCUUCCAGGCAAUGUUCGGUUGUGAGCUCCACAGUAACAGAAGCAGUGGAGCAUUCUGGAGGUACGCCUACGACGGACACGACUUCAUCGAAUUCAACAAGGAGAUACCGGCCUGGGUUGCCUUGGACCCAGCAGCCCUGAACACCAAGAAAAAGUGGGAAGCGGAACCAGCGUACGUGCAGCGGGCCAAGGCCUACCUGGAAGAGGAGUGCCCAGGGAUGCUGCGGAGGUACCUGAACCACAGCAGAACUCACCUGGACCAACAAGAUCCUCCCUCAGUGACAGUCACCAGCCACAUGGUCCCAGGACGGAACAGGACCCUCAAGUGUCUGGCCUAUGAUUUUUACCCAGGAGGGAUUGGUCUGCACUGGACUCGGGCCGGAGAGGUGCAGAAGUCUGAGUUAGAGAGAUACGUGCUCCCCAGCGGAAAGGGCACUUACCAAGCCUGGGUGGUGGUGGGAGUGUCCCCUCAGGACCGAGCACCCUACUCGUGCCACGUGGAGCACCGCAGUCUGGCCCAGCCCCUCACAGUACUCUUGGACCAGAGACAGAAAGCGAGGGCUGGAGGCAAAGUGCAGACUCCACGGCACCAGUAGCCAUCCCCUCUCUGCCUGACGUGAGAGAACUGAACUUUAGAGAUCAGUAUCUUCAGCGGUAUAAGGGCCAGAGAAGUGGCGGGGUGGGGACAGAAGGCUUGGGUGUCUUCUGCGCUGACCUUCACUGACAAAUGCCUCAUCCAUACUGGCCCCCUCCAUUGUCUGAUCUGCAAAAACCUAAUUCACAAUAAGCAACAUGGGUAGCACAACAGAGCAAAGUCUUUUCAAAUCCUAAAAUGUGACUCAGCUGUAUCAUUUGACUCAUCAGGAAGUCUUAGUACCCACUCAAAGCAAUGUUCACUUGGCAUCUGGGCCUGGGGCAUCUCAGAUAUGGUUUGGACCACUUAGUUCCUCGGCUUUGUUCAGGUAUCCACUGCUCACCACAGACAUGGCUGUGGCCUGACUGGGAGGUCCUACGACUCUGCAGCCUGUUUAACACAAACCCAUGCCUCUUCUGUGCCUCAGUUUCCCCCAGAACUGCCUUGCUCCCUGGAAGACACAGCCCCGGACUCCAACCAUACUGGCCUUUCUCAUGCCACAUUGGCCUUGGACCAGACACAACCAGGACUUAUUUGCCAGGCUUUCUCUUUCCAGGGUAUACUCCCAAAGAAAAGGAAUCAACCCCAACGUUCUUGGGCCUCAUCCAAGUCCGUUUGAGUGUGAUUUGUCAUCUGGGUCACCUUUAUGUGACCUCUCUAUCUCGG